CUAUUUUAUGUCUAUGAACGCAGCCAUGACGCCAUCUUAGGAGCGCGAUGAGAUGCUCGAAUCUGUCAGCCGUGGUUUUUUUUUCUUUAAUUUAUUCGAGAUAAUUAUAUAAGUUUAGGAAUAACAUUGCGAUACAUGACUCGAUGUGAUUAAUUAGUAUCUGAUUGAAAAGCCAGGAAGGAUACAGUGACUCAAAGCGGUAUCGAAAAACCUGUGUGACAGAAGCAUAGGUUAGAAGACAUCAGGAUCGCUAACGAGAUGGAUUUGACCAAAAUAUCGAAUGAAAAAAAGUUACACCUUUGUAAAUGGUAUUUUCGUGCUGGUUUCGCAUUGCUGCCAUUUCUGUGGGCUGUGAAUGCAAUUUGGUUUUCAAAAGAGGCUUUUGUUGCUCCACCUUAUGAGGAACAGAAACAAAUUAAGAAAUAUGUAAUUUUCUCCGCUAUAGGAGCAACUAUUUGGACAGCUGCUUUAGUAGCUUGGAUAAUUACCUUUCAAACUCAAAGAGCUGUGUGGGGUGAAUUUGCCGAUGCUAUCAGCUAUAUAAUUCCCACUGGAAUUCCUUGAUUUUAACGCCAGUAAUUUGUUGAAACGUCACGAAAUCAUGACAGCGCGAGGGCGCCGCGCAUUCCGAGCCGGACCUGAGCAACGCGCGCAGGCAGCGCAUGCGCACGUCGCAGGACAGUGGUGGUGAAAGCGGCGCGACCUGAGUCAGUCGAAUCGGAGUUGGGGGCGUCGUAGCAUCGCGUGGACCGGUCGAUUAGUCAGACGAUCGAGCGAGUCGAGUCGGUGAGUACGAGGAACGGACAAGAGAUUCCGCGCGCAGGAUUAACCGCAAUACAGGAUGGCGCUCUUUCGUUUCACCCCGAGACGCUGCCUCGAGCUUCAG